CUCCCCCCCACUGGGCAUCUUGCAUCAGAGAGUCCGCUCUGGACGGAGGAGCUCACCCGAGCAGCUCCACUGCGACGGCUGGGCGCAGUCCGCGGCGACCACAACGCCCGCGGAGGUCAUCCCUGGACCGGUCCGGUCGGGAUCCUGCCGGAUCCAUGCACGCCGGCGCUCACGGAGGGCGGCAGUUGCCGCGGCGGCGGGCGGGAUGGUGGCGGCGUGAUGUUGAUGGUGAAGGGGUCACGCUGGGCGGUGGAGACGGCUACGCGCAGGGUGCUGGCGGGGUCCGGGGCGGCGCCGGCGAGUUGGGAUUGGGGGUUUCCUGGGGCGGCGGCGCCUUGCAUUGCCGGGGCAGCGGCAGCGGCGGGCGGGGUCACCGAUAUAUUGAACUAAAAAAUCCCACCCCCACCCUGCCGACUAACCCCCAUCUUACCUUCUCCUGGUCGGCGCCGCCCGCCCACCACCUCCUCCCCAGCUCCCGGCGCCGUCCGCCACCCACCUGCCCCCGGCUUCCGGCGCCGCCCGCCGCCACCUCCCCACAGCUCCCGGCUCCGCCCGCCCCCCACCUCCACCCCGCAUCCCGGCGCCGCCCCCUGCUUCCACCCAACGCCGGCGCCGCCCCUGCUUCCACUCGCCGCCGCCGCCGCCAUCACUCCGCGCUUCCCCCCGCCCCCACUUCCUCCCUCGCUCCCGGCGCCGCCCCCUGCUUCCACCCAACGCAGGCGCCGCUCCUGCUUCCACCCGCCACCGGCGCCGCCCUCACUCCCCGCUUCCCCCCGCCAUCGGCGUGCCUCCCUGCUUCCAAGCGCCACCGUUGCCACUCUGCAUCCAGCCGUCGCCGUCGGGAGCCACCAAUCGCCGCGACCAGCCGUCCCUACCACCGUCUUGGCGACCCUCCCCCACCCCCGCAACGGACCGUCGCAUCCGCGUUGCUGCAUCCCGCGGCCACUGCGCGCCGUCCAACUCGGCAGUCCAACUGCUUGCUUCAUGCUCGGUCGCUCAAGGAGCUGCGUGAAGGUCACCCCGCGCUCCACCUUCCGGACACGCGACCCCGUCGCCGUGCUCCUGCAGCCACCUCCGGGGCGGUGCGCCCGGCCUCCUCUCUCCUCCUGCCACCUCCUAGCGCCGCGCCGAGCACACCCCGGGCUGCCUCUUCCUCUUGCUUACUCCCGCACGAGGCACGCUGCGCCGAGCACGCACCCGGCCGCCCCCCACCUCCGCACAAGUAGCAAUGGGGCUGACUGGAGUGAUCCCUGAACCAUUUUAUUAAAGGCCAUGGUUUCCAACAAUGCUAAUGCUACUAGAAAGGAGCUAGAGGCCAUGAAUCCUCUUGGCUUCUCCAAUUAGCAUGUUUGGCCAGUCCUGAAGCGCCUCCUCAAGCUCUGCGACGAUAACUGGGCGCCCAUCGAGGACGAGAGCUACCGCAUCCUUAUUGACACCAUACUGGGUGGCAAAAGCAAUGAACCAAUACCUACCACUACCCGUCAUUUUUCACAUCAGGUGACGUGCCAAAAAGAGUCCAAGGCUCACAACCCAACGCGGGGUCAGACCAGAUGACCAACACCUCUCCUGCUCAGUAUGACAAGGAUGUCAGUGAUAAUGAAAACCUCCCUCACAGCAGAGCGGCGGAGUGCAUACUUGCCAUCUACAUUUCAGAGCCCCAUCAGUUCAGUGAUCUCUCUCCCGAUGGAAGAAGGAUAUCCGUCCAAAGUGUGAGUUUUGCGACGUCGACGUGCAAGUUCUACAAUUUAUCCGUCCAGAUGGGAGAAGGAGAUCAGUCCAACCGACGCAUCUGAAGCGACAUAUGCAGAGCCAUUUGCCCGAGGUAUCGGAAUAAUUCUAUAUUUUUUGUGUUCAUUGGAUUUCCGGAUUGUUAGCGCAAGUGAUGCGUUCUGUUUUUGCCUGUUCAGUCCAAGUGGGAGAACAAAAGUAAGCACUGUCUGCUUAGAAGUUGUGUUUGAAACCCAUUUUUAAUAGUGAAACAAGUAAAUCACUCAGCUGCCACCGAACUGACGCCCCCUUCUCCGAGGAACCACCGCCGUCGGUACUUGCUUCCUGCGCCCCGCCGCCGCCCAGGGACCCAACGCGCUGCCGCUCCUCUGAUUCUGCUCCCCGGCUCUGCUUGCAAUUCUUCCGCCGACACCAAUGUUCAGCACCCCAACCUUCCUUUUUCUCUCGAUCUCACUUUGUUGCUGCUCUGCAUGAAGCAAAACAAACGUGUUUUAUAGGAUUUGCUAUAUAUGCGUACACCUUUGUAGGUUUUUUCUGCUCAAGUUUUGCUAGCAAAACAAGAUUUGUCACAGUUCAAUAUAAAUAGUGAGUUCAGUUAGCUGAUGGGAAAUAAAUCAACUAUAUGUGUGCACACUGCACUAGCAAUUCCAUAGAAAAAAAUCCAGCAGUUUGCUAAACAAAAAAUUCACACACAUGGCUCUGGAAAAUCAUUGAUCAGGUAAAGUUCAGUUCAGACCACACUAACUGGGCAAAUUAUAGAUAAUAUUUGCAAUGUCCUAAAUUCUCCCACUCUCUGGAAACAAAGUAGCAGAAAAGGAUGUAAAAAGGUGUAAAAUUCAAUUCAUCUGCAUGCAUAAGUCCGAAGAUUGUCGUAGAGCGAGUUCAAGUGUGGCUUCGUGAAAAGGUGUGGGUUUCUAUUAGUAAUUUGGCAGAAGCUGUACUUGAUUUUGUGGAGCUUUAUUGAAAAAUUAUGUUUGUGGACAUGUACUGUUGUUUGAUAUCACAAAUAGGAGCACAAAACCAGAGGAGCAACUUGAGCUGAUGCUGCCACUACUUUUCACUUGUGCCUUGAUUCUGCUUAAUUCAAUCUUGUGCUUAUUCUGUGCACAAAUUAAUGCUCUAUAGGUGCUUGUCAAAAUGCAUAUGAGAACCAUAUAUUUUUCCGUUUUUUUUUGGUAUAACGGUGCAAAAAUGAAUUAGCUUUUUUAGAGCUACAGGUCAUAAUGCCUGAAAUUCUUAUAUGAUUGCAUCAGUUCAGACUCGAGGAUACAAUAAGUUCGGAGUUCAAGUUUCAAAAUUCCGCAAGUUUGGAUAUAUCAUCUAGAUAAGUUCAACGAAAAAUUCUGCAAGUUUGGUGCGUGUGCUGUUACAAAUCUAAAUUCAUAUACAAUCCAUCUAGAAGGGAAUAUUUGGUAAGUACAAUUUUAUACCCGAAACGGAAAGUGUAACAUAGGGGAGGGAAUGAAGUGAAGCUUGGUCUCAAUUGAUUUGAGACAUGCAUUUUUUUAGUAUCAGCACCUCGGCUACCCAUUCAAGUAAUCACAAAGACCAUCAUGGAUGACGACGGGCCUACAGCAGCUAUGGUUUUAGUCAACUGUUUCAAAAAUGCGCAGUACUACUUUGUAUGCUUCACUCUUUGUCGUGGGAAGGUGACUAAAGCUCCAUAUUGCAAUUUCACUAGACUAUCCGGAUUUCAUUUAGUGUUCAAAAUUAAAUACUUUCUUGUCCAGUCAUACUAGUACUGAUGAAUAUCAAGUUGACGUUGUGCUUGGCCAUAGGCCUGCCCUUUCUCUCUCCCUUUGGUUCGAGGAGCAGCAACUGCUGGCCUGCAGUGCCGCCAUCUGAAGAAACAGGGGAGAUGGCCAUACUUCCCUUAUGGUAAUUAUGCAGGUGCGGAACCUUCCGAGCGCACGGCAACCUCGUCCAUCCAAGUUGAGCACUGGGCGCCGUCCGAGUAGAGCACCGCGCCUCGUCCAAGUUCCCAUCUAAUGUUGAAUAAUAUACCGCUGAGUGCUAUUGGCGGUCAGUUACUUCUUCCUUUCAUGCUGCACAUGUGAACUGAAAAUUGUAGAAAAGAGAAUUUAGUAUGUUUUGGAGAGCUUAAUUUCCCAAGUGGCAAAUUUGAUCUGUACCAGUAAGUACAUGAUUGAUAUUUUAGAAUAUGUGUGGUUCCAGUAAGUACAUGAGUACUAUUUAGCAUGUUUGAUUGCUUCUGAAUAAUGAAAAUGUGCGUGUACUGAUGCAUUUCAAAAAUUGUGAUGUGUGUUCUCAGGAAAAAACAUUUUCACGUUAUUGGUGCCGCUGGAUAACUGUCAUAGUUUGUCGCCAGCAAAGUCCUUGAACUUGGCUUAUACCAGUAGUAGAACUUACUGGUUCUCCGUGACAUAAAAUUGAAAACAGACAAAAAAUUCUCAAGAAUUGAGGCUUCGCCAAGGAACAAGACUUGUAACUAGCGCAAAGGAGACUAUGUCGAGAGGUGGCACUACUAGACUUGCUGAUGUGUAGUUAUGGCAUAAAAAAGAUGAAAAAAAUGGUAUCUUGUAUGAUUCCAUAAGGUGCACGUAGCAAAUCUUCCCAUGUGGAUCAGUACAACUUAUGUAUGGCCUUGAGUUCACAAAUCUUAUAGUAAUCUUUGUAGUACUCUUCGUAACACUUCGUAAAGCAAGAGUGGCCCUUUUUUGUGAGCAACAAUUCAAACGAAUCUGUUGUAUCAGUUCUUAUGAUAGAUAGAAGAAAGUUCACUAGCCAAAAGGUUAGAGAAAA